AGGGACGCCGCCGACAACAAGCGUCGUUGAACAUGAAUACGUUUCGCAUCAAUCCAAACAAAAAGUACUGUUCCUAUCAUGAGUGUGGCAAUAACUCGUUUGCCAAUCCGGCGGUAACGUUUUUCUCGUUCCCCAAACAACCAGAUCGGUGUGAAACAUGGAUAAAGGCGGCAGGCGUCGCGCCCCACUUAGUGGACAAUAGAAUGUAUCGCUUUAUUUGUGAACAGCAUUUUUCCAGUAUUUACUUCGUUCGCAGCCAGAGACGCACAUUAUUGUUGGGAAAUGCUGUGCCUUUUUCGAUCAACGAACUCGAACCCAAGGAGGAGUCGGAGAAGAACGAGGUGCUGGAAAUAGUGGAACACAUCACCGAGGAAAUUCUUAAUACGGAGGAUCUGCCUGAGGAGUUUCUCGAUGAUAAAGACUCGACAGAUGAUCAGGACGCAGUUGGCACCAUGACAAUAGAUCAACACAAACCAACUCUUUCGAUCGCAACUGUUGAUGCUAUUAACAAUACGGCUGAAUUGAGCAGCAAACCCUCCCCAUCCCGGUUCGAUUAUAGCCGUAAGCGUACACACAUUGCUGCUAAAAUGGCGGGAAUGAAGGUGAAGCUGUUGAAUGCAACUAGCUCCCCGAAAACGCUCAACACGGAGGCAAAUAUCAAAACGGUGCAGUUGGACAGUAAAAGCGUACGACUCGUCCCAAUUCAAAGUGGCAAUAAUGCACUGCAACAAACGCUGCGACUAACACCCGUUGGCGAGAAUGAAAGUGGUACUGCGGAAGAAGCACCGCAAGAAGUGUUCAGAGCUGCUCUCAAAUCGCCCGUUUCAUCGUCCACAAAUGCAAUCGAAAUCAUUGAACAGAAUGAAGACACGUCGACAUCCAAGAGCAGUGACGAUAUGGAUGGUAAAAUCAGUGAAUUUAUCUUCAAAGGUGAGGAGUACGUGCAGAUGCCGAAAGAGCACUAUCUUAAGAAAAUUAACAAACUGAAGCGGAGGCUGGCGUUUUUCGAGAACAUUGUACGAAACAUGCGAGAUGUACUGGAUCAUGCAGACCCAUCCAGCCUGUUAGAUUGACACGGUAGCGAAUAAAAAGUGCGAAUUUAAUGAACGAAUUAACCGUACAUAGAAUAGUAUAAGAAUUCAGGUGAUCUUAUCUGAGUAUCGC